AUGUCAUCAUCAUCAUCAUCAAAAUUAAAAUCAGAUGUCGAUCAACUUGAUGAUCUUGUUAAAGAUUUACUUAAUGAAGUAAAUAGUCCAAUUAGUAAUAAUAAUAAUAAUAAUAAUAUUCAUCGAUAUUCUUAUCAACGUCAUUCAAAUAAUGAUUUAACAAAUCCAAAAUUAUCAUCAUCAACAUCAGAUAAUCCAAAAUGUUCUAAUAUUGAUAAUACAGUAAAUAAUACACCACGUUCAAAAACAACCCGUGAAGAACGUAUACGUAUUAAACGUGGUACUGGUACAACUGAUAUUCCUACAACAAAACCACAAACAUCACCAUCAAUUGAUGAACAUCUUAUUGAUUCAUUAUUAGAAAGUGUUCAAAAUACAUUAAAAAAACGUGCACAACGAAAUCAAUCAAAUUUAACAACAGAUAUACCAAUUCAUAAUCGACGAACUUAUAGUUCAAGUGCUGCUCAUACUGAUUCGAUUCAUCAUAUGGAUCCAAAUCGAGGUCGAUUUCCAAUAAAACUCUAUCGAACGGAUAGUUCAACAAGCACAUUAUCAUCAAGACGACCUUAUAGUCGACAAGAUACUCGAGAUGGUUAUACAUCAGCAUCAACGACUGCCAUUCCGACAUAUUUUCGUGCAGCAUCAGAACCCCCACCUGAUGGACCUAUUGAAUUACGUCGUAUGGAUUUAAUUCGUUCACCUUCACGUACAUAUGUUGAUUCAUAUAUACCAAAUGAAUGUUAUUAUUAUCCACGUUCAACAUUACCAUCAAGUGGUAUUCGUGUACGUGGUCCUGAUUAUUCUGGUUAUGAAACCGAUACGGGUUUGAUGACAUCUCGCGUAUAUCCACCACGAUAUUAUCGUGUUCCACCACCGCCUACAUAUCCUUAUUAUCGUUAUCACGAAAAUCAUCGUUCAACACCUCAUCCAGAUGGAUACGAUACAGAUAGUGGUUUAAUAAGUAGUGGUCGAUUACAUAUGACACGCCCAUUACCACCACGUAUGGCUGUUAUACCUGAAACUGUUAUUGUCAAUAAUCGAAUGACAUCAUCAACAAAUUUAAAUAGAUUACCAACUAAUAUACGUAGUAGUUCUGGUCUUAAUCAAACAAAUCGUUCAGAACAUAUAACUGGUUAUGAAACAGAUUCAGGUAUGAAUACACGACAAUAUCAUACUGGAUAUCGACAAAUACCUGUUGAUAUACAAUAUGGUAAUAAUGAAUGGUUAGGAAAUCAAUCAAUGGCAAGAUCUAGUUCACAACAACAACAACAACAACAACAAAAAUUUAUUGAUAAUAAUCAAUACUAUCAUCGAACACAAGAACAAUCACGUGGUACAUCAAUACCUGUUUUUAGUCAUCGUUCCGAACAACAACAAAAAAUAACAACAAGUACACCAUCACCAUCAUCUACUGUGAAAACAGCUAAAAAAGGUAUAUCAAUACUACCAACUCUAUUUCCGGGUUCAGUUGGUUUAUCAAAUCCAUUGAGUGAUAAUAAAUUUCAACAAGAACAACAGCAACAAACAUCGGAAACUGAUAUAAAACAUAAAAUUUCGAAUAGUCAUAUUACAAAACGAACUGCUAGACCACAUGGAACUGUUAUUGAGAGUACUGUAUUACAAUCACCUAUUGUUCCUGGUGUAACAGAUACGAAUAUAUUUGCUGAGACUACAUCAAGUGCAAAUGCCGAUGACCAAACAACGAAAAUUUCAUCAACAAUGCCUACAUUUCCAGCAAUGAAUCAAUCUUAUAAUACAAAUACUCAAACACGUACUGGAAAUAGUUCAUUACGAAAUCAAGAUGAAAGUUCACGUAGAUCAAGUGUCUCUUCUACAGCAGAAUCGGAUGUAAAUCGUAAUGGUGCUUAUCUAGCACAUAAUGUAAGUCAAUUUUGGUAUAAAGAAAAAAUGUCACGUGAAGAUGCUAUUAAUUUACUUAAAACAAAACCACCUGGUACAUUUCUUGUUCGUGAUAGUCAAGGUUUUCCAGGUUCUUAUGGUCUAGCUGUUAAAGUUGAAAUAUUACCACCGGGUAUUCAUGCAAAACCAGGUGCCGAUCCUCUUGCUGAACUUGUUCGACAUUAUCUUAUUGAACGAACACCAACUGGACAUGUUCGAUUGAAAGGUUGUCCUAAUGAACCUGAUUUCAUCAAUCUAUCAGCAUUAGUCUAUCAACAUACAAUAACGGCACUUGCCUUACCAAUAAAACUUAUACUACCAACAGUUGAUAUAGCUGAAGAUUUUCAUCCUAUGACGAAUCAACAACAAGAAAGUAAAAAAAUGUCUGCAAAAGAUUUAUUAGAAAAAGGAGCUGCUUGUAAUGUUGUUUAUUUAAAUAAUGUUGAUGUUGAAUCAUUAUCCGGUCAAAUGGCUGUAGCUAAAGCAUUAAAUAAUACAUUUGAAAAUGCUGAACGUUUACAAGCAACUGUUGUUAAUUUUAAAGUAUCGAAUACUGGUAUUACAUUAACAGAUGUUAAGAAAAAAUUAUUUUCACGACGUCAUUUUCCAAAAGAAUAUGUUACUUAUUGUGGUCUUGAUUAUGAAAGUGAUCGUUUUUGGACAUAUCAAUAUAAUGAUCUUGAAAUAUUACCACGUGCAAAAUGUUUUGGUUUUGUAUCAAAGAAACUCAAUGGUACAAAAUCUUCUCAACCUGAAAAUGAAUGCCAUAUAUUUGCUGAAAUUGAUCCAUCACAACCAUCAACAGCUAUUGUCAGUUUUGUAUCAAAAAUAAUGAUUGGCAGUAUACCUGUUUAA